AAUCAAAACAUCUAGAAGUUCAAAAGUGGUGUUACUCGUUAGAAAUUCAAUUAAUUAAAAUAUCUAACACAACAAGGGGUGUUAAUAUGUAAGAAUUCAGUUUUUAAGGUGACCCUUAGCGGAACGGGCAUAUUUGACCUGGAACACAAAAUUGUUCAACUCGAAACGAACACAACAUGAGGGUUAAAAAAAACAAACAAAAGAAAAACAAAAACAAGACCAAAACAAAAAGCGUUGCUGCAGAGAUCGUUUAUAUUAUGCAGAUGACAGCUCGAUUGAAGCACAAAAAGAGGCGUGGAUCCACGACUUCGGCAAACCAUAUCGUAAUAGACGAUCUUUGACGGACCCUCCUCCACCUCCUCCUCAUCCUCUCUUGUCUCUUCUGUGGACUGCAAAGCGAACGUAAGGCAGCUCCCUCGCUGCGUGAAAUCCUCAUCACGAGUGGGCGCCAAGUGGACGAGUGUCUCGUCCGUCAACGUCUUUUCUUCGCAUUCGAGUCAAUUUUGGAGCCACGAAGAUGUCCGUCGCGGGGUUGAAGAAACAGUUCCACAAAGCCACGCAGAAAGUCAGCGAGAAGGUGGGCGGCGCCGAAGGAACCAAGCUUGACGAUGACUUUAAAGAAAUGGAGAAGAAAGUGGACGUGACCAGCCGAGCGGUUUUGGACAUCAUGACUAAAACCACAGAGUACCUGCAGCCCAACCCGGCUUCCAGAGCCAAGCUCAGCAUGAUCAAUACCAUGUCCAAAAUCCGGGGCCAGGAAAAGGGACCCGGAUACCCACAGGCUGAGUCUGUUCUGGGAGACGCCAUGUUGAAGUUUGGACGGGAACUCGGGGAGGAAUCCUGCUUUGGCCUGGCACUCAUUGACGCGGGUGAGGCCAUGAAGGAGCUAGGCGAGGUGAAAGAUGCUCUGGACAUGGAGGUGAAACAGAACUUCAUCGAUCCGCUGCAGAACCUCCACGACAAAGACUUGAAAGAGAUCCAGCAUCACCUGAAGAAGAUGGAAGGUCGCCGUCUGGACUUCGACUACAAGAAGAAGCGUCAAGGAAAAGUGCAAGACGACGAGAUCAAACAAGCUCUGGAGAAGUUUGAUGAGAGCAAGGAGAUCGCAGAGCAGAGCAUGUUCAACCUUCUGGAGAGCGACAUUGAGCAGGUGAGCCAGUUGGCGGCGCUGGUCCAGGCCCAGUUGGAGUACCACAGUCGCACCGCUCAGAUCCUUCAGCAGCUCUCCAGUAAGAUGGACGACAGGAUAAAGGAAGUUUCCAGUAAGCCCAGGAAGGAGUUUGUUCCGAAACCGCGCAUGACUUUGGAGCUGCUCCCACCCAGUGAGAGCCACAAUGGUGGCCUCCACUCUGCUAAAUCCCCCGGAAGAUCACCAGCCCCACUGGACCAGCCGUGCUGCCGGGCGCUUUACGACUUUGAGCCGGAGAACGAGGGCGAGCUGGGCUUCAAGGAGGGCGAUGUCAUCACGCUGACCAAUCAGAUCGAUGACAACUGGUACGAGGGAAUGAUCCACGGCCACUCGGGCUUCUUCCCCAUCAACUAUGUCGACAUCUUGGUGCCGCUCCCGCAUUAAGGCCCCGACCACCCACACGGCCAUCGCCACGGUCCUGUUUUAGCAUCCUCUUCGUGUCUUCUUUUGCUGUGCUUUGUGCGACUGCGUUUAUGUGGGAGAAGGCGAGGCUGCGGAACUCGAAGGGAGCGAGCAAAUGACCACAUGAUAUUUGCUGGCUUGGUGCUUCACGCCAACGAGCAGCGCCGCUACCGAGUGGGGUAGUCGCACUGCGUGUGUGUGUGUGUGUGUGUGUGUGUGUGUGUUGAGUAUGUGUGUUGUCUUCUUUGCGUUGUUCCUGUCAGGGCGCCUUCGCAUGGCUCUCGCCUUGUCUUCUUUUCCUCCUUCUCACACCACUUUGGGCUGUUUGCAUGAGCUAGCCCCUCUAGUGGAGCAGCAAUGCAUCAUGGGAUCACAGCUGCUCAGCAAUAAGUAAAAAAAAAAAAUAAGUAGGGGCGUUGGAUGGGAUUAGGCGAACACUUCCAAGUUUGUGUUAAGAGGCUGCUUGUUGACUUUUUAUGUGGCUUUUGCAUGCGUGAUUGAUUGAUUGAUUGAUUGAUUGAUUGAUUGGAGUUACACAUCACAAGAUCACAGUUGUGAAUUGUGAGUGAUUUAGUGGCAAAGGCAGUAGUCGUGGCUUUGUUAAACAUCACCAGUCAGUAUCUAUCCGGUGUAUUCAACCUAAACAGCAAUGCAAACCACACGAGUGUACUGUACUGCAUAUUCCCAUGGUGGGGCCACUCAAUGGCGUCCAUUGUGCUCGUAUGUGGUCGUCUUGUGUGCAUGCCGGCGUCCUCCACAUCACCGAAAGGAAUCGAAACAAGAGUUCAGCCCUGCUAAAGAAACUGUAUUCAAUGGCAACGCCGGUCCGUAAAGGCGAAUGUGUUCACACAGUGAGUAUUU